AUGGUCUCAUCUGUUCUCGCGUUUUUGGGCGUUCUGGCUGCCAGCACCUCUGCGGCUGCUCCUCCACCUCCCCCCAACAAUGCUGCUGCUGCUUGCCGCAGCCUGAAAUCUAGCUUCCCACAGCAGGUUGUCAGCAGCGCCGACGCGGCGUACCCAGCCUGGAAUGGCCGAUGGGCGGAUACUGCCGAGCUCGCGCCCUCGUGCAUCUUCCGCCCCAAGACGGCCAAGGACGUCUCGGCUGCCGUCAAGGUGUUGAACAAGGAGGCUGGGCCGGCCGGUGAUGCGUGCCCCUUCUCGAUCAAGUGCGGCGGGCACACGCCGUGGGCGGGCGCCAACAACGUCAAUAAUGGCGUCGCCAUCGACCUCAGUGGGUACAUGAACACGACGACCGUCUCGGCGGACAAGACAAUUGUCUCGCUGGGCGGCGGCGAGGUCUGGAGGUCCGCGUAUGCCAAGACUGACGGGAUGGGGAUUGCGUUUCCCGGUGGUCGGUGCCCGGGUACAGGUGUUGGUGGCGUUUCUCUUGGUGGUGGCUACUCCUGGUUCCAGGGCAGCGUGGGCUUCGUCGCCGACAAUGUCAUCAACUUUGAGGUCGUCCUGGCGUCUGGCGAGAUUGUCAACGCCAACAAGACCAACCACCAGGACCUCUUUAUGGCGCUCAAGGGCGGCAACAACAACUUUGGCGUCGUCACGCGCGUCGACCUCGCCACGUUCCAGCACUCGCAGCAGAUCCACGGCGGGCUCAUCAUUGUCCCCGUCGAGGCGAGCGACGCCGUGCUCGAGAACCUGCAGCGCUUCACCGACGACGACGCGGCCGGCGGGGUGCACACCAACGCGGGCCUCACGGUCGAGUACUUUCUCAACGCGACCAGCGGCGUCGGCCAGAUCCUGCUCUGGGUCAUCGACACGGACGCCGCCGGCGAGCACGAGGCCAUCCGGCCGUUCCUCGAGAUGCAGCCGCAGAUCGUCAACCGCGUGGCCACAUCGUCAAUCGCCCAGUACCCGUCGUCCGUCCCGGCCGUCACGCGCGUCAUGAUGGCCGACCUGACUUUCGUCAACGACCUCGAGACGCUCAAGGGCGUGCACAAGAUCACGAUGCAGAUCUUUGAGGAGAGCAAGGGCAUCCCCGGCCUCGUGUGGGACUUUCAGUUUGAGCCUCUGUCGCGGCACGUUAUUGACCAGAGUGUCGCUCGUGGUGGUAACAGCUUGGGCAUCAACGGCACUGCCGAUGAUCUUUUGAUCAUGUUCAUCAUGCCCCUCUGGAGCGACCCGGCCUACGACGACCAGGUCUACGCCGCCGCGCAGAAGUGGCACUCGUCCGUCCAGGCCUACACGGCGAGCAUGGGCAAGGGCCACCGCUUCGAGUUUGCCAACUAUGCGGCCAAGUUCCAGAACGUCAUGGCCAGCUAUGGUCCCGAGAACCUGCAGUUCCUGCGCACCGUCAGUCGCAAGUACGACCCCAAGCAGAUCUUCCAGCGGUCGGUCAGGGGAGGGUAUAAGCUUGGCGUGUAA